AUGUCAGCGAUUCAACGAGGCCGGUCAAGUCUCCCGACGUCGCAGGGUGGAACUAUGGAGAGAGUGAGUGAACCCAUGAUCUAUCACGGGGCGAUGCCAGCAUCUAAUGGAGUUUGGCUACCUAUCAGCAUUGUGUGCGAUACUCGUCCGCUACCCCCAGUGCACCCAGAUCCCAAAGAGGACGAGAAACUCUUCAGCGACACCGAUCCCGUUGUGGAGCCCCCCAUCUCGGUUGACCACGGUAUCAACUUCAAGGUCGGGAAGGGGUCCUUCUUGAAUUUCAACCUUCUAGUCCUUGACACCUGCUUGGUCACCAUCGGAGAAAGAGCCCUUUUUGGACCGAAUGUGUGCAUCUACGGCGCCACGCACCCGCUGGACCCUGCCGUCCGACGCGGUUUAGAGGGACCAGAGGCGGGGAAAGAAGUCCAUAUAGAGGAUGAUGUGUGGAUUGGAGGAAGCGCCAUGAUAUUGGCAGGGGUUAGAGUCGGACGAGGAAGUACAGUCGGAGCUGGUUCUGUUGUGACCAAGGAUGUUCCGCCGUUCCACUUUGUCGCUGGAAACCCUGCUCGGGUGAUCCGUCGCAUCGAGACCAGUAUGGACCCGGAGCAACAGCAGUCAGAGGAACCCAACGGCGCUUGA